UAGCUGUCAGAGGAGCCCACAGGCUGCUGUGGGGCAAAGAGCCGGGGCGUCGGGUGGGCAGCUCCCGGGACCCAGCGGACCGGGACCCCGAGAGCAGCAGCGGCUGCUGGGAGCCAAGCUUGGGGAGGGUGGGGGUUCGGGACAGCCAGCCAGGGCCGGCCGGACGGGCAGGCAAGCAGACGGGAUGGGGAACCGGGAGAUGGAGGAGCUGAUCCCGUUGGUGAACCGGCUGCAGGACGCCUUCUCGGCGCUGGGGCAGAGCUGCCUGCUGGAGCUGCCGCAGAUCGCCGUGGUGGGCGGCCAGAGCGCGGGCAAGAGCUCGGUGCUCGAGAACUUCGUGGGCAGGGACUUUCUUCCUCGAGGGUCAGGCAUCGUAACAAGACGACCCCUUGUUCUACAGCUUGUCACUUCAAAAGCAGAAUAUGCUGAAUUCUUACACUGCAAAGGAAGGAAGUUUACAGAUUUCGAUGAAGUUCGUCAAGAGAUUGAAACAGAAACAGAUCGAGUGACAGGAAUGAAUAAAGGCAUUUCAUCUAUACCUAUUAAUUUACGAGUCUAUUCCCCACAUGUGUUAAAUCUAACCCUUAUUGACCUGCCUGGAAUCACUAAAGUGCCAGUAGGGGAUCAGCCACAAGAUAUUGAAUAUCAGAUCAGAGAAAUGAUUAUGCAGUUUAUCACUCGAGAAAACUGUUUGAUUUUGGCUGUUACACCUGCAAACACAGAUCUUGCCAACUCAGAUGCUCUGAAGUUAGCUAAAGAAGUUGACCCUCAAGGUCUGAGAACUAUUGGAGUCAUCACCAAACUAGAUCUUAUGGAUGAAGGAACAGAUGCAAGGGAUAUUCUAGAGAACAAAUUGCUUCCUCUUCGAAGGGGUUAUGUGGGUGUGGUAAAUAGAAGUCAAAAAGACAUUGAUGGAAAGAAGGAUAUUAAGGCAGCCCUGCUGGCAGAAAGAAAAUUUUUUCUUUCCCACCCAGGCUACAGACAUAUUGCUGAUCGAAUGGGAACGCCACAUCUUCAGAAAGUCCUAAAUCAGCAACUUACUAACCAUAUUCGAGAUACAUUGCCAAGCUUCAGGAGCAAACUCCAGGGACAAUUACUCUCUAUAGAACAUGAAGUAGAAGCCUACAAAAACUUCAAGCCAGAAGAUCCUACAAGAAAGACAAAGGCUCUGCUACAGAUGGUUCAACAGUUUUCAGUGGAUUUUGAGAAAAGAAUUGAAGGCUCAGGAGAUCAAGUGGAUACACUGGAACUCUCUGGUGGUGCAAAAAUAAACCGAAUUUUCCAUGAAAGAUUUCCUUUUGAAAUCGUGAAGAUGGAGUUUAACGAGAAAGAACUGAGAAGAGAAAUAAGCUAUGCAAUCAAAAAUAUUCACGGUAUUAGGACAGGAUUAUUUACUCCAGAUAUGGCAUUUGAAGCAAUAGUAAAAAAACAAAUUGUAAAGCUAAAAGGACCUUCCCUGAAGAGUGUAGACCUGGUGAUGCAGGAGUUAAUCAACACUGUAAAGAAAUGUACCAAAAAGCUUGCAAACUUCCCAAGACUUUGUGAAGAAACAGAAAGGAUUGUUGCUAACCACAUUCGUGAAAGAGAAGGAAAGACCAAGGACCAGGUAUUAUUGCUGAUUGACAUUCAGGUAUCCUAUAUUAACACCAACCAUGAAGACUUCAUCGGCUUUGCAAAUGCCCAGCAGAGAAGCAGUCAGGUUCACAAGAAGAGUGCAGUUGGAAAUCAGGGAACCAAUCUUCCGCCUUCAAGGCAAAUUGUGAUUCGGAAGGGAUGGUUAACUAUCAACAACAUUGGCAUCAUGAAAGGAGGGUCCAAGGAAUAUUGGUUUGUCCUUACUGCGGAAAGCUUGUCCUGGUAUAAAGAUGAUGAGGAAAAAGAAAAGAAAUACAUGCUUCCCUUGGACAACCUGAAAGUUCGAGAUGUGGAAAAAAGCUUUAUGUCUAGCAAGCAUAUCUUUGCACUUUUUAAUACAGAGCAAAGGAAUGUAUACAAGGACUAUCGCUUUCUUGAGUUGGCAUGUGACUCCCAAGAAGAUGUAGAUAGCUGGAAGGCAUCUCUGCUACGAGCUGGUGUCUAUCCUGACAAAUCUUUAGGGAACAACAAAGCUGACAAUGAUGACAGCGGUCAAGCAGAAAACUUUUCCAUGGACCCACAGUUAGAGAGACAAGUGGAAACUAUUCGCAACCUUGUAGAUUCCUACAUGUCUAUAAUCAAUAAGUGUAUACGAGACCUGAUUCCCAAAACAAUAAUGCACCUUAUGAUCAACAAUGUCAAAGACUUCAUAAAUUCCGAGCUCCUAGCACAGUUAUACUCCUCAGAGGACCAAAAUACUUUGAUGGAAGAGUCUGCUGAGCAGGCUCAACGCCGAGAUGAGAUGCUUCGGAUGUACCAAGCUCUUAAGGAAGCCCUCAUAAUUAUUGGGGAUAUCAAUAGUGCCACCGUGUCUACUCCCGCACCUCCUCCUGUGGAUGAUUCCUGGCUACAGCAUUCUCGUAGAUCACCCCCUCCCAGCCCUACAAACCAAAGGAGACCAACACUGAAUGCUCCUCCCACCAGACCCACGUCAGGCCGAGGACCUGCUCCAGCAAUUCCAUCCCCAGGCCCCCAGUCGGGGGCUCCACCAGUCCCAUUCCGUCCAGGGCCUUUGCCUCCUUUUCCUAGUAACAGUGAUGCAUUUGGAGCACCUCCACAAGUUCCAUCCCGGCCAACCCGGGCUCCUCCCAGUGUCCCAAGCCGGAGACCACCUCCAUCGCCAACUCGUCCCACUAUAAUCCGUCCAUUAGAAUCCUCCCUCUUAGACUAAGUGAAGUUUCUGGCAUGUCAACUAAUUGCUAACGAAUUAUACGAAACCAACUAAUUUGAUAACUGUUGCGAUAAAUCAUGAGUAGUCGCAUGUAUGGACAUCUGUAGGCAAGUAACCGGUUUUACUAAUAUACUCAUCACUCAUUCUGCAUUGCCUGAGGCAUUUCCAAUCUUUGGGGAAAGUCCAUAGUGCUUCAACCCAUGAAAAUGACUGGCCUUAUAGAAUCUUUCCAUGGGCCAUUGACCAGGGCAGGUUUGGGGUGCAGUCCUAUACAAAGAAACAAGAUCUUUGAGAACACAUAUUUUGCCUGCAUAUGACUGAACUUGGCCUUUCCAAAUUUAAGGACAGUUUGCUUUAAUGAUGUUAUUCAUUAAGGAGCAUUCCUGUGUAAUAAGGAAUAGUAACGUUAUGCAACACAUCCUUCUUUCCAUAAAUUCUAAUUAGGGUGAGAGGGAUUAAUUUUGUUGUCUGUUAUUCAAGCUGCUGCCUGCCCCAUAAUCACACACUCAGAUUCCCUCCCCCUCUCCUGCCUUUCACAGUCCUGCUGGGAAAUGGUUCCAUUAUGAUUUCUUAGGAGUCAAAGCUUUCAAAAUGUAUAAGGUGCUUUGCUAAAGAAAACUCAGUGCUUUGCAUAGUUUAAAGACCUUUUCCUUCUACUGACUUGUUUUGCUUUGUGUACAACUGGGAAUCAAAGCUUGUUCUUCACUUGUCAAUCAGUGGACAUAGCAGCUUGAUUUUAGGAUUUAAAAGUGAAGCAAAACACUCCAUCUGUUAUAGUGUCUGAGAAAGUCUUUCUUCUUUCGCAUAAGUAGGAAUAGUCACCUUAGAGUCCGUAACGGUGAUGGUUGCCAUUGUUUGGAGUAAGGCAAGAGAUGAGACUAGUAUCAAAUAUGAGUCUGAAUCUCUGAGAUCAAGUCAUUUCACCACUGUGAAAGGAGUGAGCUGACCAACUGCAUACUCUGAAGACAGUUUUGUAACAAAUUCACUCACACUGACUCCAUUUUAUCAUUAUCUUGGAUGUUUUGGUGUGGGCGAAUAUUCUUUGCUAAUUUUUGAUUUCCUUACUUAAGAAUUCGGAUUUGUUUUUUUUUCCAUUUUUCCCCACUGGAAUGUUAUUUUUGUUGUUCAUUCAAAUCAUUCUUAACAAAGUUGGGAUUUUAUUAUGAGUAGCCACCUGUUAAAGGAUGGGUCCUACAACUGAGAGCCUGUCAACCUAAGUGUGCCAUGGUGUAAAGGUGAAACUCACACUUUUAAAAUCACCUAGCUCCCAGAUCCAAUUUAAGGUCACUCAGUACCCUGAGAUUUCAACAGAAAGAAUCAGGACGUUCAGAUAGAAUAUAAGAUAGUCUUCAAGAACUGGGGGCUGAAAAUUACCUUUUUAUUCCUUUCUAAGGUACUUUCCAAAAUUUUUCAAGGGCAGCUGAGCCAGUCAGUUAAUUGUUCAGUCCUCAGUGCUGAGUUUUAUACUGCUGAGGCCCAAAAGAAAUGGCAUGAAGGAAACCUCCAUGGGCUAAAGUGAAUUUCAUCAGCUAACUAUUCCUAGACAGCAGACCAAAUAUUCAUAUAAUAGUUAUGUCACAUGCUAUUUCAUAUUGUACAUAAGUAAAUUAGAUUUUGCCAACUGAAAAGCUUUACUUUGAAGGCAGUUUGCAUGAUUUGUAUGUUAGCUUAACUUUAAUUUCCUGUAGUUUAUACCCAAAGCAGACACCUGUAGAGUAUGAGGCAAGGAAAAUCAAAUUAACAUGUAAAUUAAUAUUUAAAAAAGAUUUACCAAAUUCAAUGGUUGAAUGAGGUGUUGACUUUAUUAAAAUUCAUAAGUGCUCAACAGUAAUUUGGAUAAUAUAAUACUAUAUGUAGCAACCAGCAAAUGAAGUCACCUUAGGUUAACAAAGAUAUGUUAACAUUAAAGUUUCCAGAUAUUUGGACUUGAUUUAUAGGUCACCAUAGGAACCACCACAUUCUUUAGCUUUUCUAAUUCUCCCAUUUCUUGUUUUCUCAUCAUUAAAAAAAAAAGCCUGCCUUUGCAAAUGGAACAGAUGUUUAAUGUCCAUGUUCUCUCUUUAAAAUGUUUUAGGUAAGUGGAAAAUAUUAAAUAACCUGUCAGAGUUAGGGGAUACAAGACCUUUUCAUAUGAAUCCCCAUUUUAGGAUUUCGUUUUGUCUUCACUUUCAUUAUCUUAAACAGGCAAAGAGGCAACCAGCUGCCUAAUACUCUUCCCACUUCAGGGGUUUGGCUUUAUGCAAAGUGUGGUUUUACAUUUUGCUGUAUUUAAAAAAAAAAAAUUUUCCUUCAAGUUAAAGGAAAAUAUUGUGGAUAACCACUGGUGCAUUUUUAAAUUGUCUCAAACCAUGUCAAAGAAAAUUGCAUAUUUUUUCAAGUUUCUUUCCACUGAUCUUAUGCAGUCAUAAACAAUACAUUUGUCAUCUUUGGUUUUCACGCCCAGAUUAUACCCCUGCAGUUAAACUUUUGGCUACAACUGUCCCCUUUCGGGGGUAACUGUUUUUUUGUGUUUUCCCCACUUCUAAAAUGUUUCUAAUAGAAGCUAGCCACCCUGAGGACUUGGAGAGUCACGUGUACUAUACGAAUUGUUUUUUAGCAUUGUUCCCAUUUCCCAAAGAGCUCAUGUUUUGCAAAAGGGAGAAGCUGAUGUAAGGGAAAUCUGAACUUCUGAAGAAUUUUUACUCUGGGGCACACCCUGCACAUAUGGCCCUAAGAAAGGAAUAUACCUGAAUGCAGGCGUGUUCCAAAUGUUGACCAUGCUGGCUUAGCCUCCCAUGGAACUUCCUUUUAAGCUAGCUGCUCAGAGUCUAUUUGUAACUCCUACAAUUAUAGCUGUAACAUAUCUGGCACAGGAGAGCAAAUACUAAAUGCAUACAUGUAGACAUGAUGGCCAGAGAUAGUUUUAUUUCCACAAACAAGAAAAAUACUGCAUGCAUACUGACCUGUUGUGAUAACAGCUGAGUUAGAUGUGCACAUAUUGUUGAAACAGAAUUUAAUUCACUUUCAACAGGUAUAUCUCAUUUCCAAAAACAGCUAGUUAACAUUUAACGCUUUGAGCUGGGCUUCUUUAGCUAGAUGGGCAGCAGGAUCUGCUUAUUAGCCAGUUUCCUAUUUGUUGGGAUGGAAACAAAGUCUAACACUAAACCUUAGAAUGAAAUUGUUUCCUGAGCUAUUUAAGUAUAAUAAGCCUUCUAAACUUAAAGAAUAAGAAUAGUCAAGUAGAUUUAAUUUUCUUAGCCUUCUGUGUAUAUUGUAGCCAUAACUCUCAAAUAUGAAAAGGGACCUAAUACCAGUAUGUUAUAAAUGUUGAUGUCUGAUGUGUGCAAACCCAUUUUCUAUGCAUGUGUCACUCUGUAUACAGUAAAUACUGAAUCAUGUUUAUGUAAGUAUAUGUGUUUUGUGGAAAUUCAUAAAGCACUUGAUAAAACCCUUCAAGCAUGGAUUUAUAGAUGUAUAGUGUGCAUAUAUGUGUGUAUAUAUGUACAUGUAUGUAUGUACAUAUCUAUAUGUCCAGUAUGGGUGUUCAUAAGUAUAUUGCAAAAAAAAACGCAACAAAAAAACAAAAAAAAAAAAAACGACUUGUGUUAAUGUAAAAGGUAGCCAUGAAGAAUCUAUGGAAAUCUAUGGCAAUUAUCUAAUGACACCAUCUCUCACGGAACACAGGAAUCUUUUUAUCCAAAUUGUAUUUGUUUGAGAGGGGCCACACAAAUUCUGAGAAUGACUGCUGCAUUUUGUGCCCAAGUAAGUUAACAUAACACUCACAGACAUUUAAUUUAGAUUCAGAGUUAUGCUGUCUAAAAAUGGACAUCCUUUAUUCAAACAGAUGGACAUGAUGCUUAAGGUCUGGAAACUCACAUUUUAAGGUCCCUGGUCAGGAAUCCAGUUGCUCUCUGAGUUUUCUCUCUACCAUGUUUCCAAGAAUAAAAUGGAGAGAGGUGACAGCAUAAAGAAAAUUGAGGCUUUUCAGAAUAAAUCUGAUGGAAACCUCAAGAAAAAAAUCCUUUUCAAAACUAUUAUUCACACUGUUAUUAGAUUUGGCACUUGGUAUAAUUGUUUAAAAAUCAUCCAGGAAUUUCCUCAGUGUUGUGCAGUGUCCAGGCACCACAUUUUCAAAAUCAUGGAACUCAGUGGAAGAAAAUAAUUUGAGACUCUCCCAUGAAGUAAGAGCAGGGGAGAUGCAUGCCUGCUAUGAAUACUUUAAAUGGGAAUGAUCCUAGAGAAAAGAUCACUAGCUCACCAGAUCAUCCAACCACACAGUGUCCAGCCUUUUACCCCUUUCCAAAUAAACCUUUCUUGUCAUACAUGUCUACUGAAUCCAUUUUGUCACCCUGGCUAGUUGAUUUGUUGUAAGUUAUGUGGUGCUCUAUAAGGAAACCUUUAACACUAUUUUUGUGUAUAUCUGGUAUUGUGUAAUUAUAUAUUUGUAUAUAUAUGUGUGUGUGUGUGUGUGUGUUUGUGUCAGAGAGAGAGAGAGAGAGAGAGAGAGAGAGAGAGAGAGAGAGAGAGAGAGAGAGAUGGAAGAAGUGAAGUGAAAGAUUCUGUUGUUUUAUGACCUGUUCAUACUGGUGUAUUGGUGAGACUUCUCACCUCUCUGGUCUGAUGUUCCGAUUAAGGCUCAACUGUUUGAUUAUUAUUGUUAUUAUUAUUAUUGAUUUGUUAUUGGUUUAAAACUUUAUCUUAGGAAUACUUACAUCUUGUUCUCUGUGUAAUAGAAUAGUCUCUUGUCAUAAAUGAAUAUUACUCUGCCUGUCUUCCCUCUUGCUUUGUCUGCAGGCGAUCUGAUAAGAAUGGCUCCUCCCAAACAGAAACUCUACCACUGUUACUUGAUUUUUACCAGCCUUUGUUUUAUUUGUACUGUCUGUGUUUCUUUUCUCUCUCCUUUUCAGAAUCACCCAAACAUUUUUAUAAAGAAAAAGUGUUCAGAUAUUAGCAAAAUUUGGUUCUCUCUGUUGAUUCUCUAAUUACUAAUCUGAGCCAGAAUAGGUCCCACUGACCUGCCAGGACUGUCAGUGAUUUCCUAGCAUUGAUACCCGAACCUGGAAAUGGACGGGUCAUUUGCCCCAAGUUUCUAAAGACUGUUGUGUCAUUCUGGAAGGUCAUAUGCACCUCUUGUGAAAAUUGUGAAGUUGUAUUUCUGAACCUGAAAUAAAUUACAACAUUUGAAGGA